AAGCUUUAGGAGUUCACAGUGUUCUCAGACUGGAUGCGACAGAGCACAGGGUCCCGCUUGCGCCCACGCAAGGAAACGGUGCAGGGCACCCCUGGGAGACAACGCCCAGGCUCCUUCCUCCGCGCGUUCCGGUGUAGAAGUUAACCUCAUUUUCCUCUGUGCUUAAUGAAAGCAUUCCCACUCGGCAUACGUACUGAAAAUACAAAAUCCGGGCUGGCUAAUGACACUCAUUAUGUACUGAAGAGAACUCGUGUUUCUAAAACUUGAAUUCAAGGGGAAGUACUUUGUACAGGCCGUCCCGCGGCCUCGCGAGCUGGGCCCGCCUUGCGCAGCCGCAGGACCAAGCUUGCGGAGGCGUCAACGGCCCACAGCCUCGCGCAGCCGCAGGACCAAGCUUGCGGAGGCGUCAACGGCCCACAGCCUCGCGCAGCCGCAGGACCAAGCUUGCGGAGGCGUCAACGGCCCACAGCCUCGCGCAGCCGCAGGACCAAGCUUGCGGAGGCGUCAACGGCCCACAGCCUCGCGCAGCCGCAGGACCAAGCUUGCGGAGGCGUCAACGGCCCACAGCCUCGCGCAGCCGCAGGACCAAGCUUGCGGAGGCGUCAACGGCCCACAGCCUCGCGCAGCCGCAGGACCAAGCUUGCGGAGGCGUCAACGGCCCACAGCCUCGCGCAGCCGCAGGACCAAGCUUGCGGAGGCGUCAACGGCCCACAGCCUCGCGCAGCCGCAGGACCAAGCUUGCGGAGGCAUCGACUGUCCACAGCCUCGCGCAGCCGCAGGACCAAGCUUGCGGAGGCGUCAACGGCCCACAGCCCAGCGCAGACGCAAGUGCCGGCUGAGGAGAGAGCCGAGGAUCACUCGCCCCCUUCCUUCGCCCCUCAAAGCUUGCGGCCGCGUUCUUCCACUCUCUUCCCCAGCCUUUUGAGUGAAUGGCCAUGAGCUGGGCCGCGGGAGUCGGGUGGGCCAGCCGGAGGGUGAGCGCCGCGAGAGUGGACUUCCCGAGUGUGGGGCUGGCCCUGUGUCCCCGCCGGCCGGCCUGUAUCCCACUCAGGGGCCCUUGGCCUGUUGCCCCCGUGUCCAGGAUGGCGACUGUCAAGAACGAGCUUAUGAAGAAUCUGACUUCCGAGAAGGCCGUUCGUCACAAUAAGAUCUCCAUUAUAGGGGCCGGGUCGGUGGGCAUGGCCUGUGCUGUCAGCAUCGUGCUGAAAGGCCUGGGCGACGAGCUUGCCUUGGUGGACACCGCCGAGGGCAAACUGAAGGGCGAAAUGAUGGAUCUUCAGCAGGGCAGCCAUUUCAUGAAAAUGCCAAGCAUCGUGGCAAGCAAGGAUUACAGCGUCACUGCAGACUCCACCCUCGUGAUCAUCACGGCGGGCGCGCGGCAGGAAAAGGGGGAAACGCGCCUUAAUCUGGUCCAGCGAAACGUGGCCAUCUUUGAGCUGAUGAUUUCUAGUAUCGUCAAGCACAGUCCUCACUGCAAGAUGAUCGUGGUUUCCAACCCGGUGGACAUCUUAACUUACGUCGCCUGGAAGUUGAGUGGAAUUCCCAAAAGCCGCGUCAUUGGAAGUGGGUGUAACCUGGACACUGCCCGUUUUCGUUUCUUGAUCGGCCAGAAGCUUGGUAUCCACUCGGAAAGCUGCCACGGGUGGGUCCUGGGAGAGCACGGCGACUCGAGCGUCCCCGUGUGGAGCGGGGUGAACGUGGCGGGCGUCCCGCUGCGGGACCUGAACCCGGCCAUCGGGGCCGACGGGGACCCCGAGCGGUGGAAGGACGUGCACGGGGACGUGAUCGCCAGCGCCUACGAGAUCAUCAAGGCCAAAGGCUACACUUCCUGGGCCAUCGGCCUUUCUGUGGCUGAUUUAACGGAGAGUAUUCUGAAGAACCUCCGGAGAGUGCAUCCGGUGUCCACCAUAAUUAAGGGCCUCUACGGGAUAAAUGAAGAGGUGUCCCUCAGCCUCCCCUGCGUCCUGGGAGAGAACGGCAUCUCCGACCUCAUAAAGGUGAGGCUGACCCCCGAGGAGGAGGCGCGGCUGCGGAGGAGCGCGGAGACCCUGCGCGCCAUUCAGAAGGACCUCCGGUUUCAGCGCCGCUGAGACCACCGCUCCGAGGUCACGGGACGCGGCGGUGAGGAUGGGCCGUGCACGUCAGGGUUCUGAAUAAACUGGGGUUCUUAAAAGUUACAAACAGGAAAGGACGUAGAGUCCCUCCCCUGCUUAUUUAGCCUCCCUGCUCUUUUGUUUAGCUUCCAGUUUUGGUUUUUUAACAAUUUCUAAGUGACUGCACCAAAGGUGUUUUUGUACCACUGAUGUACCUUGAAUUUAUAUGUAGUUGCCAUUUGGUCCAAAAGAAUGUGGGGUGUAGGUGUUUAUUGUGUUGUAGAAAUUGAUUCUUUUCAUUAAGUACAUGCUAAUUCAUUCUGGCUGAUUUAUGUACUCUUUGUUUAUAUACUUUUUUUUUUUUAAGUUGUAACUUUCUCUGCAUUGUAAAAAUAAAUGUACAGAAGUCCUUUCUGUAGUGGAGCCA